AUGGACGAUGAGGUAUCCGUGGAGCAGCAAAAUUUUUCCCUUUCCUCAGUGGGCUCAAAGGUGCACCAAAGCAUAUCAGGCAGCAGGACAUAUAUGGCCUUAGCAAAAAGUACUCUGGAUUCCCCAGAACGUAGUUUUCUUCAAACGGUUUUAUCUUCAGUUACCGCUCCCCUUGAUGUGACUUCAUUGAACGCAGGCGAAGCGGCCGGGCGGUYGGAAGGGGGAAGUCUCCCGCCCGUGCGCGUCGCCGUAACCAGCAGCGAAGCCCUCCCGAGCGCCGAGGAAUCCGUCAGCUCCUUCCCGAAGGCGCCCUGGACUCCGCCGCCYGAGGCUUUGGCCCCUUUAACAGCUCCUCACUCAGUUAAUACAAUCCAGCCACCACCAGACACGCUGGAAACUGUGUUGCUAACACCUUCCUUAUCAGUCUCCUCUUUGCCAUAUGACAUGGAAGCAGCGCUGCAGAAGACACCGCUAAGUGYUGUCUCUGAAGACAGCAACGUGCUGACAACAUUCCCACCUUUUGUACCAGACAGGGACAUCUUAACUGCAAGCAGAGACUCGCUGUUGCAUCCUCCAAGCGCAGACAUAUAUUUCACUCCCAUUCCUCCACAAGAGGUAGUUGCAGGGUGGGAGAACAUCAGUAAGAGUUUAACAUCUCUGCCKUGGGAGGCCACUUCAGACGGGUCGGCUGUUCUUAGGCUGCUCGGUGAAAGCAGCCAUACAGCAGCACAGGCUACAGCACCGAGUUCAGCCCCACAUGGUGACAGUGACACCGAUGUGGAGAGCAGGGCAACAGCAGCUGUCAGUCGAAGGAGCCAUCCGACUUCCAGUGCUCCGUGGGCCAGCCCAGUUUCCAUAAGCAGUGCCGAGCCUGCUGUGUUUCCAAUGAGUUUUCCGCUUGCAUCUCUCCCGGUUCCCUCCCGUGUCACGUUCAGUGACGCUGACGUGGUUCUGAACGGCAGCUUGUUUACACACGGAUUCUCCAGUUCAGCACCAAAUUUGCCUGCCAGGUCCCAAGGACCGAGUCAGUCUGAGCUUUCCAGCGAGCUCRUAAGCCCAGUGCCUUUCACUAGAUCAUCCCUGUCUUGUUUGUCCUGUGACUCGGUUUCCCUCCUGGCAGAGCCAGGCUUUUCUGCAGAGCAUGAGGUGGGCUCAGGUGACUACCCCGAAACUCUGUCUCUGCAGGCCUCCGAAGUAAAAGGCCUAAGUCCAUUUACAACUGCAAUAGCUGAUGUGUAUGAAUUAGAGGAGCCGACGCCUGAACCUUUUGAUACUUCUUUUCCCUCCAGACCUGUUGUUUCGUUUUCUUCAGGAUUCGCAGCAAUCCCCGAGUCAACCAUGUUUCUAUUAAGCACUGUGGAUGCUGCCAUUAACAAUGAAAUGCCUACAGCAUUUUUUCCUCCUUACAGUCAGCUCUCUGGAGGAAUGGCUUUGAACGUCUCCUCUGCUCAGUUUUCCCUCCCUGCUGUGGAAACUCUUCUGUUAACACCGAGCAUUAGUGUAGAUCUUCCUGAUGCUACCAGUGCUCCCCUUGAAUUUACCUUCACCUUGAGUGAGCCGGAACCAUCCUUUGCAAUCAGUCAGACAACUGCUCUGGAGUCACUAGAAUUUACGCCAUCAGAAUCUUUAGUUUUGCUUGACAGGACAUUGACAAGGGAGGAAUCACCUGUAAAUGUUACGGAUUUUCCAUCCAGCUCCCUAUCAACACCAUUUCGUUUUGAACCUAGCUACUUGUCUUCAUCAGCAGCAGCCAUACUAACUUCUUACUCUCUCAUGCCAAGUGAGGUAGCCACACUGUUACCUCAGACCCUGUUGACUGGGACAUCRGCGCUUGCUGGGGAUGCUUCCAGUUGGGACUCAGCUACCCCUGUCAGCACAGACACUGAGGCGUCUCAGCUCCCGCUCUGGCAAACGUCAUACUUCUAUUCAAGCGCAUCCUCUGUUCCAGGGACGCAGGUUCCUGAAGUAAUGCCAUCCUCACGUUUUCAUUCAGACUUGUCUGUAUUUCUGGAGGCAACGUCAGUGUUGCUAAUGGAUUCUGAAGUUUUGUUUACCUCAGCUUUUACAGGAGCUACCUCUGCGUUAGAGUCUUCACUCUUCUCUUCUCAGCCAGUGGUUCCUACCCCGGUGCUGUCCAUAGCUGACACCGAGUCUGUUACCAGCAGCAUCUUGCUCAAUGAAACAAACGUGGUCUCCUUGUUUACUACCUUUCCUACAACUCCUGUCUUAAAUGUAUCUUCAUCUCUACUGUCAACUGUUCUGGCUCCUGAUGAGGAUACUGGUGCUACAGGUAACCCCACGUUGCUUUUAACAUCCUACGCCGAGGUCAGUGCUAGCACUGCGCUUCCGACCGCGGAUCCUGACAAUCCCACCUCACAGGGCGACGUGAGCRACCUUGUUCCCUCUCCUGCAGAAUCUGUAUCAGUGACCCCAUCCUUUGUCCCUACGCAAUCCCCUCCCUCUCCAAGCACUCCCACGGAAUACGACAUUCCCCCGAGAACUGACGUGGCCGACGGUGCUGAUGCAACAACAGGCCCUGUCCCCCCGACCAGUGCCACGAGUGCUGAGGGCAGCCGUGGCCCGGCAGCUACGGAGAGCAGCCCGGACACGUUCUCGUCCCCUCCUGUGGCAGCCACUACUGCGUCUGCAGCUGCGUUUGCGACCCCGGCCCCGAGCACGACCAGGCCGCCCUACGUCUGCGACAUCGCCGUUCCCGACGCUUACCUYGUCACCGCCGUGCUGGCCCGAAGAGCUGUUCUCCGGAAUGUCAGUGAAGGCAUCAGAGAGGUGCUCAGAGCUCAGUUCAGGCGCUCGGUGGAGCUGGAGGUUUACAAAAUAUCCCCCAAAUUUGCUUUCUUGGUGACRUCAGGUCCUUUCGUUUACACGGCAGUGGCUGUCAUAAACGUGCUGAUGAACAGCAGCCUUCUUCGUGGUCAGGCCCCCCUGAUCCUCUCCCUGCACCCCUCUUUCCCUGUGCCGGAUAACAGAUUCCAAGUGCAGACAGUGCUUCAGUUUGUGCCUCGGAAUGUGGACGUUGGCUUCUGCAACUUCAGCCAGCGCAUUGAGAAGGGGCUGACCAUGGCAUUCAUGGAGGUGAGCAAACAUCACCAGGACUUCUACAACUUCACUGUGCAGAUACUGAAUAUAACUGUGAGCAGGGCUGGGGCAGCGUUUCGGCAGGGCCCUGUGAGCAUUGUUUUUGCCAUCCRAGAUAAAUACGGUUUUCUAAAUGGGUCCGACGUCAGUGAGCAGCUCAGAAACUUGUCUGUGGUGGAAUUCAGCUUCUAUCUGGGCUUUCCUGUGCAACAAAUUGCYGAACCCUUUCAUUAUCCGAAGCUUAAUGUGUCGCAGCUGAUGAAAUCUUCCUGGGUGAGAACAGUUCUCCUGGGCGUCGCGGAGCAGCGGAUUCAGGAGGAAGUGUUUCAGGCGGAGAUGGAGCGGAAACUGGCCCACGUGUUGAACGAGGCUUUGGCCCGCGGGCGCAUCUGGAGGCGAGCCAGCUUUGCAGGCAGCAAYGUCGUGCAGAUUGUAAAUGUGUCGCGAUUAGAUGGCACUGAUAACCCUGUGGAGCUGAUCUAUUUUGUGGAGGAUCAAGAUGGGAAGAGACUCAGUGCUCUGAAGUGUUCGGAUCUCAUGAACAGGGUUGAUAUCCAGCGAGCCGCGAUCAUCCUUGGAUACCGCAUCGAAGGCACCGUUGCACAGCCUCUGGAAAAGCUGAAGGGGUCAUCUYCAGAGUCGCAGAACAGCAACCUGUGGAUUAUUGUUGGUGUGGCGGUCCCCGUGGCUGUGGUGCUCCUCAUCGUCAUCAUUUUGUACUGGAAACUUUGCCGGACAGACAAACUGGAGUUUCAGCCAGACACAAUGAGCAACAUUCAGCAACGACAGAAGGUUUUACAAACCCAGGAAUUUAGAGUCAGCUCGAAGCUACAGGCCCCCAAUGUGAAAGGCUUUGAUUUUGCUAAGCAGCAUUUGGGCCAGCAUAAUAAAGAUGAAAUCCUGAUUAUCCAUGAGCCAGCUCCUUUACCAGGACCUAUUAAGGAUACUACCCCAUCUGAAAAUGGAGAUGUGCCCAGCCCCAAGUCCAAGACUUCUUCAAAGCCUUCAAAGACCGUUCGACACAGAGGGAGAAUUUCGCCGUCAGACGCUGACUCCACAGCAAGUGAACAGUCCAGUGGGAGAGAGACAGGGGAAGAAACUGCAAGACCGUCAGCAGUGACAAAUGAGGGCAAACCACGCAGAGCMCUGAAGAAAGGCCCUCCUCAGAGCAGCAGUGGAAACGAGCAGCACUCCUCGGCCUCCAUCUUCGAACACGUGGACAGGAUGUCCCGUUCCUCGGAUGCGAGCAGAAGGGUCCCCAGCAAGAUCCAGCUGAUCGCUAUGCAGCCCAUGGCAGCACCUCYGGUUCAGAACUCCAUACUUUCUGAUCGAGUGGCAGAAACCAACAAAAUUAACAAAGAGAUACAGACAGCCCUAAGGCAUAAAUCCGAGAUCGAGCAUCACCGCAACAAGAUUCGUCUUCGCGCCAAGCGCAAAGGGCACUAUGAGUUUCCAGUGGUGGAUGAUGUGCUGGUGGUCGACUCCAAAGAACAGCACAGAAUAUAUCGUAAGGCACAGAUGCAAAUUGACAAGAUCUUGGACCCUGGAGGCAAUGUGCCGACUGUCUUCAUAGAGCCCAGAAAGAGUUCUCGUGCGAAACGUUCCCCCAAGGCGCGCCGCCGCCAUCAGGUGAACGGCAGUCCCCUUGACGCGGAGAAGGACAGGUUAAUCACCACCGACAGCGACGGGACGUACAAAAGGCCUCCAGGAGUCAAUAACUCCGCCUACAUUUCUGAUCCAGACUUGCCUCCUGAGCCUCAGACGUCUUCUUCAGCUGACCUUGGGAAGUUUCCUGCCUUGCCUUCCCACCCCGUCUCCCAGUACAUCCCACCGCAGCCGUCCAUUGAAGAGGCUCGGCAGACCAUGCACUCUCUGCUCGAUGAUGCUUUUGCCCUCGUGGCUCCCAGUAGCCAAACGGCCAAUUCCACUGCUGUCACACCUCCCGGGGGCUCUGCAGGACAGCCGGUAAACAACACUCCCGCUCGAGCAGGGAGGGGAUCAACUAAUGGUCCAGCUCAGGCAGUAAACAACCYGUUUAAUAGGUAUGUGGAAUUUGGAAUGACUCCGCCAACAGCACCAGGCCUCCUACCAAGGCAGAACUUUGGGCCAGGUUAUCUUCAGCCUGCAGAGCUGAUGCACCCAGAGCAGCAAGGCCCCGAGGCUCCGUAUCCCUCCAGGGGGAUGUACUCGGAAGAAGSGCCCUCGGUGGCACGACCACGGCCUGUGGGAAGCACUGCAGACGCAUAUGCAUGGGCACCAAGAAUAUUCCUCCUCACCAGUAUUCCAGAUGCCGAGGACUUCAGCCAGGCAGCCUUCGGCCCCCCCUGCUCAGCUGCCACACAGCAGCCUUCAGGGCCAGGGCCUUUGCUACACCACCAGUUCCACUGAGGACCUCCAGCCGGGUCACUCUUCAGCCUCUCUCAUAAAAGCAAUUAGAGAAGAACUCCUACGACUUUCUCAGAAACAGGCCACAGUGCAGAACUUCCAUAGUUGAUUUAGCAUUCUCUUGCAAAUCUGCCAGGUAUCUGCUUCCUAUGGAAGUAAAGAGUUAAAGGAAAUCAACAAUGUUAUUCUCUCAAAAGAAGGAACUCCCACAACUCUUAAGACAGCGCUCUGGAAAAUAUGAAAAAAGCUGCAAAAUGAGGGUAGUAUGGGGAGCCUGGAGACAAACAGGGGAAGUCAUCAGUGUCAUCGCAAGCAAUGUUGUUCAAUCAACUAAUAUUAUGGUGCUUCUCCUCUCUCGCCACCCUCAUUCAAUCUAACAAAUAAAAGUUAAGGUCAAGAAGUCAACACUCCAAUAACAAAAAAAUCACAGGAACAAAGUCUGAGCAUAGUACACUCCUUUUUCUAAGGAAAAAGGCAAAGGUUUGCAUGAACUGACAUGACAUUUUGCAAGAGGUUACAAAUAUUCUGAUCUCCCCAAUGUUUAUGGGGAACUGUUUUGUGUUGCUGUUCUUCAGGAUGACUGUAUCAAGUCUGGAGUGUUGAAGGUGCGAUCCCAUGUAAGAAUCACUUCGGUUGACAAUAACAAUAGGACUACUUAGAAUAAAAGGAUUUUUGAGCUACAUGUAACAAACUGGAACAGUAAUUGUUAUAGGUCUGUGCUUCCAAAUGGAGCUACCCUCUUCACUCUUCCUUGUUUUCCUUCUGGUGCUGAAGCUUCAAGUGUUCCUUCAUCUUCAAUGUUUGCAAAGUGAAACAUUGGCCUUGUAUAACUAAGAAAAUACUUGUAGACUCAUUCAGGCUGGAAAAACAAAGCAAGGCAUCCAAACAGAAAAAGCUUGGUAUUUAUUUUGUUUAAAAUUACUGAAAGCUAGGUGCGAAAUACUUAGCUACUAUUGAAUUUGGGGAAUUGUGUAUGUAUAUCUUUAAAAAAUAUAUUUACAUACGAUAUGCUCUUGUAAAACCGGUGAUGAAAUAUUGCCACUGUGUAGUUUGCUUUGUGUACAGAAAACAAGCCAGCCUGACUGGUACAGGGUCACCAGCAUUAAGUUAUAAAUUGAUGUCCUAAAUCAUUGCUUAUGUUUGGAUCUGAAUAAUUUUAGUGAAAGUCAGUGACAGUUUAGAGCAUUAAAAUAGGCUUAGAUUUGCAGUUUUGAGACAUUUUCUAUAUUUAUACCUGUUUCCACUGUCCCUCUGGACAAAGGGUAAGCGUUAUCCCCAUGGUUAGAAUGGUACGUGCCAUGGAGCUGUUUGUCACUUUUUUUUUCCA